CCCUCCCCUGCAUUGGUAUGGUAUGCGCGCGUGCGUGCGUGCCUUGUGAUCCUCCCGCACUUUGCCGACGUCAAACUCACGACCAGUCCAACAUUACACAACAUAUGUAUAUCAACUGCUGAUAUCUUGGCAUCAUGACCGCAAACAAGGCCCUCAUAGUCGGCAUCUCGGGGUGCUCCUCGAGUGGGAAAACCACUCUCGCACGGCUACUGCGAGACAUUUUCCCCAAUACUUUCAUUCUUCAUGAGGAUGACUUUUAUAGACCUGAAAAUGAGCUACCCACCAAAGAUGGUCUCUUAGAUUGGGACUGUGCUGAGGCCCUCGACAUCCCGGCCAUGGAUGAGUCCCUCGCUUAUAUCCGCCAACACGCUGCCUUUCCUCCUACCCUUGAUUCCAAAGAAGAUCAAAACUCCGUGGGCAAGUGCCCAGUAUCAGAAGCCAGCAUCGCCGCUCAACGAACCAAAGUCGAUGCCGCUCUAGGCCCAGACCACCCCCUCCGCAAAAAUCUCCGCCUGUGUCUCCUCGAUGGCUUUCUUCUCUACUCCCCUUCCAUGGCUGCUAUAAAGCCCAACCUGGACAUUAAACUCUUCUUACGCACAACAUACGAGAAGGCUAAGAAGAGAAGAGAAGCCAGAGACGGAUAUGUCACCCUGGAGGGCUUCUGGGCAGACCCUCCUGGUUACGUUGAUAAGAUCGUAUGGCCUAACUAUGUAGAGGAGCACGCUUGGAUGUUCGAGGAUGGUGAUGUAGAGGGCAAGUUCAAGACGGAUGUUUUGGAUAAGGAGGGUAUCAAGGUACAGAGUGAUGUGAGUGCUGAUGGAGAUAUUGAGAAGACAUUUGAGUGGACAGUAAACACGAUCUUAGAAGAACUUGGAAAGCAAGUAUAGACGAGCUAGGGUAUCUAUCUAGGUAUCUGCAAGCAAUGUCUAGUCUUAUCCUUCUUGAUCUACCUUCUCCAAAUGAGUUCCAGAAUCCUCUUGCCUCAAAAUCUCGGGAUCUUCUGAAACAUCAUCUGGUGUCUUUUUACUUGGAUGGUCGUCCAACGUCUCAUCGUCUGAGAACUCAAUCAAAUCCUCCUCCAUGAAAUGAUAGCCUAAAUUUACUUCCUUUGGGUGGUCGACUGACAUCUCAUCCUCCGAGAAAUCGAUCAAAUCUUCCUCUAUGGGUCCACGAGCUAAACCCGCUUCCUUUGGGUGGGCGGCCAAAUGCUUCGGUCUCUCGUUCUUGGGUGACUCAAUCAACGACUUCGUCUUGUUCUCUCUCUUUGAAAGAACGACCGGAUCCUUGUCCUCCGGAUUGCCGGUUUAGGGUGCCUUCAAUUGGAUAAGCGAUGGACUCAUUCUCUGGCAAAGUAUCGGCUGAGACCUCGUCCUGUUUCUGUGCAAGAUCAUCUCUCAGCGAGGCGCGUUCCUUAUCCCCAUCCUACGAG